UAACUGAUGCAUUGUGAUUUUCUCUUAUUUGGGGUUCUUCUUUUAUUUUGAUUACAGAAGCAGAUGUUCACUGAAGGUCUUGAUAAUAACGCCCUAAGGUGGGUUAGAGAGGGUUCUGGGCAGCAGACUAAGGAGGUUCCUUUCUCAAUUUCAAGCCAAGGAUCAAGGAUUGAUCCAAUUGGGAGUAUGAGAAAUGGGGGUCGCAAUGUUGGGCUUCCACCGCCUUCGAAAUUCCGGAGUGGUCAUCUGUCGGGGGUUAUUCCUGUAUCUAGAGUUAUACCUGCGGAUUUAGAUGAUAGUGCGUCGGUUUCUGAUAAUGACAUGAUCACUGACUCGGAAGAGGAGGUUUAUGGGGGGAGAUACUCAUUGGAUUCAUCACCACAUGAUGACAGAGUUCCUAGCACUACUGCAGCCACUCAGAGAUACUACAAUCUCCCACCUAGGCGUGGUGCUACGCAGUAUGCAAGUGACAGUAUGUACUCUGAUGAUGUUAGUUCGUCGAUGGAGACGUUGGGGAGAGGUCGUGGACACGUGGUCGAUAGAUUGAUGAGAGGCGCUAAUAGAUACCCAAUUGGAAGUAGUGUGUAUACUGAGGAGGAAUCUUCUGAUUCUGCUGCAAGCUCUGAGUUCUCUUCCACCCAAGUUGGGACAAAGAAUGGAACUGUUCCACGAUCAACAAAUUAUGCAUCUGAAGGGUAUGCUUCCAGCAUUCCAUCUAAAUUGAAUACAGGAAACAAGACUCAGAAGGAUAUGACCUCUGGGAAUUUACAGAAGAAGGUCACUGAUGAGGAUGUCCCCAGUGCACCUCCAUUUUGCAGUUCUGCUGCUGAAAUCAAAGAAGUUGAUGAACGGAUCCCUGCCUCUAGAACAGCUAAUGUGCAAUCUAUGGCAGAAGAUUGUGGUCUCUCAGCAAAGGCAGAUAGUAACAUUUCUUCUGGCAUAAACCACCAGGCCAAAGUUCCAAAUCAUUCCGACUCACCUGUGAGGACGACUGCUGCUGCUGCAGAAAAUGGAGGGCCAUUGGGUUCUUAUCCCGCUCGCCUUCCAACUUUUCAUGCCAGUGCAUUGGGCCCAUGGCAUCGCGUGCUCGCCUAUGAUGCGUGUGUUCGGCUCUGCUUGCAUUCUUGGGCUAGGGGUUGCAUAGAAGCUCCGAUGUUUUUGGAAAGUGAAUGUGCUCUCUUAAGGAAUUCAUUUAGGUUACAGCAAGUUCUGUUACAAUCAGAGGAGGAAUUAAUGGCAAACCGCUCUUCCGAGCUUCCUAAGGAAGCGGCUGCCCCAAAACCUAAGCAAAUGGUUGGAAAGAUGAAGAUCCAAGUUAGGAAGGUUAAGAUGGGCCUGGACCCACCCACCGGCUGCAGUUUUUCUUCCCUAAGAACACCAAAAAUAAAGAUUGAAUCUGUUAGAUAUCACCUAUCCAAUAUGCGGUCAUCAAUCUCUUCCGGAUGGCGAGCGAUGCGCAAAGUCCAUUUUGCUCCUCGUGUGCCUGCAAAUGGUUCCUUCUCGCGCCAGAGUUUGGCAUACAUGCAGGCGAGCACCCAAUAUAUAAAGCAAGUUUCUGGACUCCUGAAAAUUGGUGUGACAUCUCUCCGCAGCAGUCCAUCGUCUUAUGAUGUUGUUCAAGAGACAUACCAUUGUUUCUUACGACUAAAAAGUUCAAUGGAAGAGGAUGCUAUUAAAAUGCAACCUGGAUCAGGCGAAACCCACAUUUUUUUUCCAGAUAAUCUUGGAGAUGAUCUAAUUGUUGAAGUACUGGAUUCCAACGGAAAGCAUUAUGGUCGUGUCCUUGCUCAAGUUGCCACCAUUGCUGAAGAACCGGGUGAGAAACUUCGGUGGUGGUCCAUCUAUCGUGAACCAGAACACGAGCUUGUUGGCAAAGUGCAACUCUUUAUUAAUUACUCAACAGCAUUUGAUGAAAAUAGUCAUCUUAAGUGUGGUUCAGUUGCAGAAACUGUUGCUUAUGACCUGGUACUUGAAGUUGCAAUGAAGAUUCAGCAAUUCCAACAAAGAAAUUUGACACUACAUGGUCCAUGGAAAUGGUUGCUCACUGAAUUUGCAUCAUACUAUGGAGUUUCUGAUGCAUAUACUAGAUUAAGGUACGAUAUAUUUACAUCUACUUGUUUUAGGUGCUUGGAGGAGUUUACCCACUUCCUUAUUAUGUGCAUAAUUAUUUUGCAACAUCAACUGUGCAGGUACCUUUCCUAUGUCAUGGAUGUGGCAACACCAACUGCUGAUUGUCUUACAGUUGUGCAUGAUUUUUUGUUACCUGUUAUAAUGAAGGGCCGUUCUAAGAGCACCCUUAGUCAUCAAGAGAAUCGUAUUUUGGGGGAAAUUGAGGACCAGAUUGAACAGAGCUUUGCGUUGGUUUUCGAAAACUAUAAGUCUUUGGAUGAAUCAACACCAUCGGGUAUAAUGGAUGUCUUCAAACCAGCUACUGGGGUUGUACCACUUGCAUUGGAGCCUGCUGUUAAACUAUUUUCUCUACUUCAUGACAUAUUAUCUCCUGAAACUCAGAACACACUGUACAGCUAUUUUCAGGCUGCUGCGAAGAAAAGAUCAAGACGACACUUGACAGAGACAGAUGAAUAUGUCAGCGGGAAUAAUGAAGGACUCUUGAUGGAUGCUGUUACCGUGUCUACUGCUUAUCAAAAAAUGAAGUCACUCUGUAUGAACAUAAGAAACGAAAUUUUUACUGACAUAGAGAUCCACAAUCAAAAUAUACUUCCAAGCUUCAUAGACUUGCCAAACCUUUCUUCAGCCAUAUAUAGUGCAGAACUUUGCUGUAGAUUGCGUGCAUUCCUGAUCGCUUGCCCCCCUGCUGGCCCUUCUCCCCAUGUGACUGAUCUUGUCAUUGCAACAGCAGAUUUUCAGAGGGAUCUUGCCUGCUGGAAUAUCAAACCUGUUAAAGGAGGAGUUGAUGCAAAAGAGUUGUUCCAUUUGUAUAUCAUCCUGUGGAUCCAGGAUAAGCGGCUCUCUUUGCUGGAAUCUUGCAAGCUGGACAAGGUGAAAUGGUCGGGAGUGAAAACACAGCAUUCAACAACCCCUUUUGUUGAUGAAAUGUACGAGCGCCUGAAAGGAACUCUUAAUGACUAUGUGAUCAUCAUCUGCCGCUGGCCAGAGUACACAUUUGUAUUGGAGAAUGCCAUUGCUGAUAUUGAGAAAGCAAUUUUGGAUGCACUGGAGAAGCAAUAUGCAGAUGUCUUGUCUCCGUUAAAGGAGAAUUUGACACCCAAGAAAUUUGGCUUCAAAUAUGUGCAAAAACUUACCAAAAGAUCAGUUUGCCCAUAUAUUGUGCCAGAAGAUCUGGGCAUUCUUUUGAAUUCAAUGAAGAGGAUGCUAGACAUUCUGCGCCCAAACAUAGAGCAGCAGUUUAAGUCCUGGGGUUCGUGUAUCCCUGACGGAGGAAAUACCGCCCCUGGAGAGUGCCUGAGUGAGGUGACUGUGAUGCUUCGAGCUAAAUUCAGAAAUUAUGUGCAAGCGGUCAUUGAGAAGCUUGUGGAAAAUACAAAGCUGCAGAACAACACAAAGUUGAAGAAAAUUUUACAAGAUUCCAAGGAGAAUGUUAUAGAAUCAGACAUAAGAUUUAAGAUGCAGCCAUUGAAGGAGCAGCUGACAAGUACCAUAAAUCACCUUUACACCAUUUUUGAACCUAAUGUAUUCAUCGCAAGUUGUCGAGGCUACUGGGACAGGAUGGGACAGGACGUGCUAAGUUUCUUAGAGAGCAGGAAAGAGAACCGGUCUUGGUACAAGGGCUCACGAAUUGCAGUCUCUAUCCUAGAUGAUACCUUUGCCUCUCAGAUGCAGCAGCUUUUAGGCAAUUCGCUUCAAGAGAAAGACCUUGAGCCUCCAAGGUCCAUUCUUGAAGUGCGAUCAAUGCUUUGUAGGGAUGCAUCAAAUAACAAAGGAUCAAAUUACUUUUACUAGAUGUAAUUAUGUAUAGGUUUCCUAUUCAAUUUUGUUUCUUUUUGGUUCCGGAAACAGAAAGAGGAAGAAGGGUGUCGUUGCCAUAGCCUAUAACCUAUAGCCUACAGGUGGAUUCGCCUCAGAUUAGGGAGGACCACGGUGAAGAUGUUCUCUCUUGUGGUUUUUAGGCCUGCUACAGAAGAAUAGA